AUGGCCGAUCAAUUCAUCACUCGACUGUCAAUAAACACGCCGAAAGGUUCAACUAUUCAAGCGCCAGCAUCUCCGGAUAUUUCAUUAGAAAAUUUAAACACUGAAAAUCUUCAAAAGGAAGACAUAUCAUUGCCCAACUUUAUGCAUGAUCCUUGCACACAGGCUGAUUUUACUACAAAUGCAGAGAUGAAACGUGGACAACAAUUUAAUGGACCCGUUCGUGAAUGUCCUAAAACUAGGAAAGCAAGUUUAAUGCCGCCGCUUACUGAAGAGGAUCUUAGAAUUAGCGGAAUGGGCCAUAAAGAUCCAGAAAGUGUUGCCCAACUUUUUGGAGAAGAUUUUGCUUCUCGCUUCUGCUUAGGUCCAUUACUUUUACCACAUGAGAUUCGAGAUAGCUCCGUACCUCAUGGUGUACCAACUGUCAAGAUACGCCGUCGAAUGACUGCUCAAAAUUCCGUUGAUCUUCCGAAUGCUGAUUCGGUUGUUGCACUUUCACCAUUUGCACCAAAAUUUCCAAGUGUACCAUGCUGCAAUACUAAAGAAGAACUUGUUAUUUCUUCAUAUUCUGAUUGUGAGCAUUCUCCACAACUUCCAUCUCCUUCGAAUCAAUGGCUGACAACUCCUUUAAAUUACCCUACAAGUUCUAUUCCCGGUGUGGUUCAAAACCCGCCAUUACCUUUUCCUGUUGAAUUAAAAUGGACUGCCGAUGGACGAACAAAAAUGACAUCGUUUGUGAGGCCAAAAUCUGGCGAAUUUUAUUUGGAUAUGGCUGCUUUGCAUCCUGAUCUCUUGCAAUUCCAGCUGGCACUAAAUGAUUGGAUCAAACGUCAAUGUAGGAUUCGCGGUUCCGCUCUCUUAUUAAGUUCACAGGAGCAAAAUAGCACUCAUUGUCAAGUCUGCGGUGAUCAGCUAUUGGAAGUACCUUUACAAUGCGGCGAUGCUGACUUUCUUUUUACUCUGUUGAGGGCGGGUGCAAAUCAAUCUGAUAAUUACGACAAAAACAACAUAAAACAUGAAGAUCUGAAAGGAGAGGAAAUAGGGGCCAAUACUUUUGUGCUUGCACGUGUGGAACUCUUGGAGGAGUCAGUUCGAUCCGCUAUUAAUCCUCUACUUGAAAUGCUUAACAACAUACUUAAUACUAAAAUCGGAAAUGAUCUGCCUCCAUUACAAGCCUGUUUCUCAUUGGUUGGCCUUCGCUCAAAUUCAGGAUUCAGUGCCGGUCUUGUAUUGGCACAUAAUUCUGAACAGGACAGAUUAGACGAACUUAAAUUGCUUGACCCUCAUUUGGGAAUGCUUGGCACAUUGAUGACUCUCAUGCACAACAUAGAGGAACAACGUCGGUUAGCUCAACAAUCACAAGUUUUCCUGAGCAUGACCCAAAAUGUGUUUUCUAGUCUGCAAGACAUGCACUUACUUGUUCGUAAUAUUACAAAGGAAGCUAAGGCGCUGGUUCAUGCAGAAAUUUGUUCUCUUUUUCUGUUGGAUAAGGAACAUUCCGAAUUGGUAGCUGAGGUUUUCGAAAAGAAUGGCACUUCUGAAGAAUAUCUAACCGAAAUUCGGAUGCCACUAAAUCAAGGCAUUGUAGGACAUGUGGCAACUACAGGACAAAUGAUGAAUGUGACAGAUGUUUAUAAUCAUCCAUUCUUUUACCCGAAAGUUGAUGAACGAACGGGAUUUCUUACUCGAAACAUUCUAUGUUUUCCUAUUAAAGACUCAUCAGGAAAUCUAGUUGGUGUAGCUGAACUUUGCAAUAAAAUUGGUCGAGAUACCUUUACGCGGUAUGAUGAACAAAUUGCUGCCACGUUCGCUGUCUACUGUGCUAUUAGCCUUUCACAUUGUUUGCUAUACCGUAAAUUGCAAGAAGCACAUAGACGUUCACACAUGGCAGCAGAAUUGUUGGUUCAAGGAUCGACUCUUUCCAUCGCGCCAGAAGACAUUCUCCGGCUUACUGUUAGAGAUAUUCCACCUCCGCUUUCCUUUCAUCCUGAAUUCGACAAACUUUGUUUUAUUCCUCGCUCUAUCGGUUCUGGCGAUAUUUACGUAGAGGCAUCAUUGGCUAUAUUUAGGGAUUUGGGAUUCAUUGAACGUUUUCGCCUUCGUCGGCGGACAUUAGCUCGGUUCCUCUUGAUGGUGCAAAAAGGUUAUCGAGACGUUCCAUACCAUAACUGGAGCCAUGCUUUUGCUGUCUCCCAUUUCUGUUACUUAUUGCUUCGAAUGAAUAAAGUGAAGGAUGUGAUAGGCGAAUUGGAACGCUUUGGGUUGUUGGUUGCUUGUCUUUGUCAUGAUAUUGAUCAUCGAGGAACUACCAACGCUUUUCAAUUACAGUCAAAAACACCUUUAGCUCAAUUAUAUAGUUCUGAAGGCUCUGUUCUUGAGAGGCAUCACUUUGCACAAACUGUUACAAUUCUAGGAAUGGAUGAAUGCAAUAUUUUUGAGCAAUUAAAUAGACAACAAUAUUUAGAUGUACUUGAUUGUAUUAGAGAAGUUAUACUUGCUACUGAUAUUGCUGCUCAUCUUCGUAAAGUGGAUCGUAUAAAGCAGAUGGCUGAAAGUGGAUUUGAAAAUGGCAACGCUGAACAUCGCUAUCUAUUUAUGUGUUUACUUAUGACAGCCUCUGAUCUCUCUGACCAGACAAAAGAUUUUCAUCAUUCAAAAGCUAUUGCUGAAAAUAUUUACAAGGAAUUUUUCUCGCAGGGAGACUUGGAAAAACAAAUGGGCAAUAGGCCGAUUGCAAUGAUGGACAGAGAUAGGGCAUGCGUUCCAAAAAUCCAAAUUGAAUUUAUGGACACGGUGGCACUGCCAGUUUUUAAAUUCUUGGCUGAUUUAUUGCCUGAACUUCGAACAACACACGAGGCAAUUCUCACCAACCGUCUAUGCUGGCAUUCCUUAGAUCAAAUCCUCCUUAAGCAAGGAUUUACAACAGGAGGUCUGGAAUAUCUUAGAGAUACAUGUUUGGAAGAAAAAGUUUUGAUGAACGCUCUUCAAGAACAAAUAGCAACCAAAGAGAAGGAAAUAGAGAAGGAUUUAGAGGACAAUAAUUAG